CUCAACAAGUGGACUCGCCUUCGUCUAUUUUCCUUUUGCCCCAGCCAGUCAGUCAGUCAGCCAGCCUUACUGCACUCACUCCACACUCUCACUCUCACUGAUUCUCUUGACCUCUUUUUAAUUUAAAUUUUUUGAUAAGGACACAUCGUUUACAAAUUAACUAAUCUUAGUCUUCGAGAAGGAGACGUCUUAUCUUGAUUGACGGAUUGAGGCUCCAGUUCCGAAUCUGUAAAAUGGAAAAUUGGUCUGGGCGACCACGGCAGAAGCCAUCAAUGUCGUUUGCAUUGCCAAUGAUUUCCUACCAUCCAUCGUCCAUUACUCGACCAAAGCCACCUCUUCCCAAGGACUACAAACCAGACCCUCGUGAAGCCAAUCUGAUGACUUAUCAACUGAACAAGAUGCCCAAUGAUAAGCUAGUCCGGGGUAUUGCGGAAGUACCUCGAGUUCGAUUUUUUACGAAAUACCAGGGAGAGAAUGUUGAUCCUGAUUUACUCAACACCAACUACAAACAGAUCCCCCCAUUUCCUCACAUUAAACGACCUCAACCACCCCCAUUUCCGCUCCCGCUCUUUGACUUGGAAACUUUGGAACGUACUAGUUCUAAAAAGUCUUCUGAUGUGAGUCGGUUUAGUAUGCCGAAGCCGCCCAGUUUCAUUCGAGAGUAUAGCAGAGAAGACCGGUAUGAUGCUGACCGUCUUGAUCGUGAAAGAAAGGGUGCGCUUUUUUCCCGUCGAAGUGCCAAGACCCAGCUGAACGUGAAAGUGGAGAAAGAGGACCCCAACAAAAAACGGAUCAUUCCUCUCGCUCAACAGGUCCGCCAUUGGGAACAGCACCUGAGAGAAAAAUCAUCUAAGGAAAAAUUGGCCGACAAACGGGAAAAGGAGGCGAAAGAGGCCGCAAUCGCAUUGGCAAAGGCAAAGCGGAAGGAGGCCAGGGCUGCUGCACGAAGACCACGCCCUGAAGAAAACGACUUGAUUCACCGGAUGGUCAGAGAGAGCAGAAAGUUUCAAACGAAAGCUCACCUGGAGUUGUCAACUCUUUUCAACAAUCUCCCCCAGAUGGUCGAUUUUCCGACAAAUGCUACCAUAAAGAAGGUUGAAGAGGCUGAGCUGGAGCAUAUAACUCCCUCCAACGUUGAUGACGUUCUCAAUCGUGACAAGAAAGAACACAAGAAGGUCUAUAAUUACAAAAGGAAAUGAUGAUUCAAACUCACUUUUUCAACUUCAAAUCCCCUGGCCAGGGUUGUCUGUCAAAAUUUUUAGUUCAUCAUAUUCAUAUCCAACAUAUUACGAAAUCUCACUUACAUCAUCUCAAAAUUAUGGUAAACUUUUGCAGUAUGUUAUUACCCUCUUUGCAACUUGAAUAAAAGAAUAUAUACUCACUGUGUUGGCACAUAA